GAAAAAAGAAAAGAGGAAGCAGUCCCGCCCCCAGAAGAAGCUGGAGGUCGAGCAGAGAAGCAGCUCCACGGAUUUGUUCAGCCCAAAACCUGAAGCUAAAGCUCGGUUAUCUUAGUCUUUACUUCGGCGGAGCGGCGGUGGACUCAGGGACUUUUGUGGCCAGGACUGAUAGGACAUGAGCUUCAGGUAGAGGAGUUCCAUUUUGUCGCUAAAGUCGUCCAUGCCGCGCUCCUCUGCUCACAUUCCGUGAAGAGGCGGAUCUACUUUACUUUGGAUUGUUGUGCUGCUGGGCGGUUGAUCGGAACAGGGCCGGACCAGAGGCAGGAUGAGUGCAGAAGAAGAACGAUUCAAACUGGUUGUGGUGGGUGGGGGCGGGGUGGGGAAGAGCGCCCUCACCAUCCAGUUCAUCCAGUCCUACUUUGUGUCAGACUACGACCCCACCAUCGAGGACUCCUACACCAAGAUCUGCACCGUUGGGGGGAAGGAGACCCGGCUGGACAUCCUGGAUACAGCCGGUCAGGAGGAGUUUGGAGCGAUGAGGGAGCAGUACAUGCGCUCAGGAGAAGGCUUUCUAUUGGUGUUUGCACUCAACGACCGGGGCAGCUACCACGAGGUUCAGAAGUUCCACACGCAGAUCCUGAGAGUGAAGGACCGGGAUGACUUCCCCAUGGUGCUGGUUGGAAACAAGGCGGACCUGGAGCAUCAGAGAGUGGUCAGUCGGGAGGAUGCCCAGGCGUUCACCAGAGAGAACAGGAUCCACUACAUGGAGGCUUCUGCCAAGAAUCGCCACAACGUGGAUGAAUGCUUCUUGGAGCUGGUACAAAUUAUCAGAAAGUUUCAGGAGAUGGAGAGUCCUCCCCCCCAAGCUCAUCACACAGGGAAAAAGAAGAGCGGGGACUGUCCCUGUGUCCUGCUCUGAGCACUGUUACUAUGGACAUCAGAGCCCCGCCCCUCUACAACUUGUCCAAAGAAAGAGAGAGAGAGAGAGAGUGUGGUGUGUGUGUGCGUUUGUGCGUGCGUGCGUGCAUGUUGGGAGAGAAGGGGGGGAGAAAGAGUUAAGGUGCGUCCUAUUCUUACCAAAUGGUUUCAUUUGCACUUUUGUCAAAAGCAAGUUCUAUAUCAGCGUAUCUUUUUGUAAUGAGUGGAUGUAAAGGGAUCAGUAGCAGGUUAGUAGUCAGUAGUAUAGUUAGUUUGGUGGAGAAAACAGGAAGUCAGUACUGUGUUUUAAUUGUCACACAUGCAGACCGCACACUGUAAGAUUUAGACUGUACAUUUAACUUCUCCUGUGUGAGUAGCAGUGGGCUGCAGAGGCCCGGGGUUGGGGGGCAGUGUGGUGGUUUGCUGCCCAGCUCCCAAGCCAAGUCCCUACAUACUGAGCAACUGCUGCUCCCCCAAUGCUUGCAAAAAUAAAAAAUCACAUUCACAUAUGUUGUAGAAAUGACUGCUGUUAAGCAGUAGGAGAGUACAGCAGGGACAUCAUCAUCACAGCUACACAAACAACUAUUCCAAAACGGUGUCUUCAGUGUUAAAUAAUUGACAUGCCAAUGUAAUAUUUCAACUUGCUCAUGAAAUGAAAUCAAGGCCUGGCCAAGGCCAAGCCACAACACCCUUGAGCUGUCCGA